AUGCUAACCAGAAUGACGCAUCACUCACGUGGUUCCAUUCCAAUAAUUGCACAAGAAAAGAAUGGUUACCACCAGCGAUUCAGAACUUCUGAUAAGCUUGAUAUGGAUGAAGAUAUGGAGGAAGAAUUACUUUCGUCCAGGGAAUACUCGAGUCAUGGACGUGUAAAGCAUGUUGCACGGAUCAAGGCGAACUGCGGGACAAACAGUUUAAAACAGUUGAUGAACGAGGAAGUUUCAUUCAGCCGGAGUCUUGUACCCGACAUUUAG